GCUUACAUGCAUACUACCCACCAUGUGUUAGAUCCCUGCUCAGACCCCACCAAGAAUCCUGUCAAGUGACAGGAUUUGAUCCCCCUGAAUCUUGCCAGCUGACAGGAUUUGACCCCCUGGAAUCCUGUGACUUGACAGGAUUUGGCCCCCUUGAAUUCCGUCAAAUGGCGAGAUUCAGCCCCCCUGAAUCCUGUCGAGGAACAAGAUCUGCUUCCCGGUCGGACUCGAGCUCACUCUUUCACUUUUCGUACUCAUCAUGGCUACCCAAGCCCAAUCCUCUAGUAGCUGUUCUGCUGUUCUCACAGUCACUGUUGAAGGCACUCAGCUUGACAUCAGAGCAGCCUCGAGAGAACAGCCCGAUGCUCUCCGCACGACACUGAUCAAGGCCCUGGGCUUGGUAAAGCUCUCUCCUUCAGACCUUACUCUCCUUCAGCUUCAGGAGAAAUUCCGCGUCUCUCUCGAAGGCACGCGAUCGAAAACACCGGAUCGCCUGUCCGCAGUCGUCUAUUCAUGCAAACGUGGUACCAUUCAAGAGACACUAUGGGAGGCCCAGGUCUGGCGCUACGGCGGGACGCAGCUUGUCGAUGCUGUUCACAGUGCCAUCGGUAGUGUCUCUCUAGAUGGCAAGCAAUCCUCCGACACCAUGGCGCUUCAUCUAUUAGAAGUCGGGGGACAACCUGCUGUCACUGCUUUCCACCUCAUGAACUGCCCUGCGAACCUGGAAGAGUUUGGGAAGGUGAAGGACAAGUUCUUUGCCUAUGGCGGCACAUUCGCGCUGGCAGCAUGUGCCGUUGCGAUAUCUGACAAUGUCCAAGUCAUGGCCUUACUUGAGGGGUUGCCGCCAAACCACAAGAGGGAAUUGGUCGCGCAUCUGUUCUGCGUGAGGCCACACAGUGAUUUCUUCUACAUCGUCCAGGUCGUCUUCACAUCAAAGGAACGCCCACAAACGAAGAGAUGCCGUAUCGGACCUGCCCCCCGCAAACCCAGGAAUCGAGAAGGAGAACGAGCCGCCACCACGAUAGAGGAGGACGAGCAGCCGUGCAAGAGACGAGCAAGGAGGCCCUUGACGCAGCACGCCACUGACAUGGCUUGCCAGCGUGUGCUAUCCCAACCUUCACCCACGGCCAGGCGUGAGAAUCCCAACGAACCGGCAACCGUUGGUGACUCUUCGCCAUCAUACUCGCAUGGAGCCGGAGGAACAGGCAGUUGCCAGACCUUUAGUAAGAGGAUAGAUCCUGCAGGUUCUUGUUCCGGUGAUGGUAAGACCCUUUUUGGUGUCCCCCCCUCUACACCCCCGGCAGGCUUUCAAGGGUUAGGAAGUAUUCGAGCUGACUUGGACACGGCAGACAUGCUUCUAGACAGUAACAGCGAUCCCUUCGAAUAUUACGGUAUUGAACUGGACUCGAUCGACUUCUCUACACCUUCUUUGUGAAUGUUGCCAAGAAAAACACCACUUCUUCAGCGCCGACCUCAAUGCGGGCAGGCCCAUCGAUCUCCUGUUUGUCUCCCGGUCUGGUCAAGAUGCCGUUGAAGUAGAAGGCGGAUUGUCCUCGUUGAGAGAUGAGUAUGAUGUUGCCGGGGAACGUUUCGCGUGGCGUGGGCUCGAGGGCACCGACGAAUGGGCCGCGACACCGGAAGACAAAGGCUACCUUUCCAGUCGUCUACCAGAGCGACUCAUCAGCAAUAUGAACGAUCGCGCACUCGAUAUUCAAGUUCAGAGCUCACCUCGAUUCUGCUGGCCUUUAUCA